AUGGCGGAGGCUCUUGGAGCUUUGUUGGAAGCAAGCUUGGAUCCACGACGGAACAAGGAAGCCGAGAACGCCCUUCGUCAAGAAGAACAGAAGCCCGGUUUUUCGCUACAGCUUCUUCAGAUCACGGCUUCUGACUCCUCCCCCAACAACAUUCGUCUUGCGAGUGCCCUGUGCUUCAAGAACUUCAUCAAGCGCAGCUGGACCAACGAGGAUGGAGAAUACAAGUUGGCGCUGGAUGAGGUUACGACCAUCAAGCGCGAGCUGAUCACUUUGAUGAUUUCCGUGCCUCCUGCGAUCCGGUCUCAGCUUGGUGAGGCCGUCAGUGUGAUCGCUGACAGUGAUUUCUGGGAGCGCUGGGAUACCCUUGUUGAUGACCUUGUUUCGAAAUUAUCGCCAUCCAACCCUACCGUCAACAUCGGUGUCCUACAGGUUGCGCAUUCCAUCUUCAAGCGCUGGCGACCGCUUUUCCAAUCCAACGACCUCUACAUCGAGAUCAAUCAUGUUCUCGAGAAGUUCGGCACCCCAUUCUUGGCCCUGUUCGAGGGAUUGGACAACUAUUUGGAGGCGAAUAAGAACAACAAGGAAAACCUGACACAAGGUUUCACUCAGCUUAACCUAAUGGUCAAGCUUUUCUACGAUCUCUCCUGCCACGAUCUUCCCCCCAUGUUCGAAGAGAACAUCUCCGCAAUUGCGAGCAUUCUGCACAAAUAUCUUACAUACGACAACCCGUUGCUUCAUACCGAUGACGAAACGGAGGCUGGUCUCCUGGAGUAUGUGCGUGCCGGAAUCUUUGAAAGCUUGACUCUGUUUGUCCAGAAAUUCCUGGACGCUUUCGGCCCCGAGGUUGGACAAUUCAUCCAGAGCUCGUGGGGUCUUUUGACUACUAUUGGCCAAGAAAACAAGUACGACAUCCUUGUGAGCCGAGCCUUGCACUUCUUGACCUCGGUGGCUAGCAUGCCCGAGCAUGCCGCAGCUUUCCAAGCGGAGGAAACCCUUGCUCAGAUCAUCGAAAAGGUUAUCCUGCCUAACGUGAGCCUGCGCGAGUCCGACGAGGAGCUGUUCGAAGAUGAGCCUAUUGAAUUCAUCCGCAGAGAUCUUGAAGGCUCUGAUAGUGAGACCCGCCGCCGUGCCGCCACAGACUUCCUCCGCCGCCUGGCCGAGAAGUUUGAGGAAUCAGUGACCAAGGUCGUUCUCAAGUACACUGAGCACUACCUUUCCGAGUACGCCAAAGACCCCGCCUCCAACUGGAAGUCCAAGGAUACCGCCAUCUACCUGUACUCUGCCGUGGCAGCUAAGGGCGUGGCGACUGCAAGCCACGGUGUCACUGCUACCAACAGCCUGGUCAGCAUCGCGGACUUCUUUCAACAACACCUUGCUUCAGACCUGGUCACCGAUGAUGGAAUUCAUCCUAUCCUCAAGGUUGAUGCUAUCAAGUACCUGUACACCUUCCGAAGCAUCAUCACGAAGGAGCAGUGGCAGCAGGUGCUCCCUGUUCUGGUGAAGCACCUGGCUUCCUCCAACUACGUUGUGUACACAUACGCUGCCAUCGCUGUGGAGCGGGUUCUAUAUCUCACUGAUAGCCAGGGCCAGCCUAUCAUUCCCCCGACCGAAAUCACCCCACUUGCCAAGGACCUUCUGGAGCACAUUUUCCAGCUCAUUCAGAGGGACCCGGCUCCCCAGAAGGUUCAAGAGAACGAGUUCUUGAUGCGCUGUGUGAUGCGUGUCUUGGUUGUCAUCCGUGAGGGUGUGGUCCCCCACACCGACGUUGUGCUGCAGCGUUUCAUCACAAUCACCCAGAUCAUCAGUGCCAACCCAAGUAACCCUCGGUUCUACUACUUCUUCUUUGAAGCCAUGGGUGCUUUCAUUCGAUAUGCCGCCCCCGCCAACCCUGACAAGCUCGAGCAGGCUCUCUACGCUCCUUUCGCCGGCAUCCUUUCAGGAGAUGUUCAAGAAUUCAUGCCAUACGUUUUCCAGCUCUUUGCUGCCCUGUUGGAGGCCAACUCAUCUGCCAGCCUGCCCACAUACUACCAGGAGCUUAUCUCGCCUAUCUUGAUGCCUGUCAUGUGGGAUUCUCGCGGAAACAUUCCCGCCUUGGCCCGAUUGCUCACCUCGAUCAUCCCUCGCGGUGCCCAGUACAUUCUUGAGCACAACCAGAUCGAGCCAAUUUUGGGUAUCUUCCAGAAGCUCAUCUCGACCAAGGCUAAUGAAGGUUAUGCCUUCGAUCUCCUUGAGGCCGUUGUUGCGACAUUCCCACCGGCCUCGUUGGAACAGUACCUGGUUAUGAUCAUGCAGAUCAUUUUGCAACGUCUGCAAAACUCCAAGACUGAGAAUCUGUCCGUGCGAUUCGUUCGGUUCUUCCACUUCAUUACUGCCCACGAUGACAAGGGAUACAACCCCGACACUGUCAUGCAGCUGACAGAGAAGGUGCAACAAAACUUGUUCACCCCGGUCUACCUCAAUGUCAUCCUCCAGGACACACAGAAACUUGCACGACCCCUGGACCGCAAGACCGCUGUUCUUUCCUUGACCAAGAUCUUGGCAAACUCGGAUGCCUUCGCCACUCGUUAUGCCAAGGGAUGGGGCUUCACCUGCAACACACUUCUCAAGCUCCUCGAGCUUCCCCCUGAUGUGACCCACAAGGACGAUAUCUCAGCCGAGGUUGACGUUGAGGAGAUGUCCUUCGGUGUUGGAUUCACUCCUCUCAACACCAUUAAGCCUCAGCAGAAGGACCCCUGGCCCGAGACUGGUGCGGAUCUUAAGAAGUGGGCUGGUGCUUACCUGAAGGAGGCGGAUAAGAAGCACGGUGGUCGGAUCUCCCAGUUCGCCCAGGAGCGUCUGGAUGACCAGGCCAAGACAGUGCUGGGUAGCUACAUUUCUUGA